GAGUGUGCCGUGCUGGUGCCACUGGCAAAAGAGUAUCCAAGUCAAUGGUUCUCGCAUCAUUCGCGAAACUCAAUCUCCGCCGAUCCCCACAUGGCUUUCGGAUGGCUUGCACAGACUCUGGAACCGACCCUCGAUCCGAUACUAUGCCCACAUAUUAUGCCGCUGAGUGUCCAGUUCCUGGCAGAUUUGUGUCCACUAAGGCACGCUAGCAUCGUGCUCCGGCUCGAUCUCCCAUCUUAUUCGUUAUCGGGUAUCCUCCAUCACGCGAGUCAGGGGCCCCACGCUUGCAAUUCCUCAGCUUUUGUUCCGAUUAUCCUUUCAUCAUACUAAAGCCCUCUAUCCGCGACAUUUGAUGUUGGCUCCUGUAUGUUCACCCGUCCUUGCAGGAUAUUGCAUCUAGCCACCAAAGAACGAGCAAAACAGCACGAGGAGCCGGACUAGAAAAUGUCUCUUGAUCGUCAGAUAUCAGAGCUAACAAGCGCUGUCCAAUCUAGCAGAGAUGGAAUCGACGAUAGCACCCGGUUCAAGGCCAUCAAAGCCGCACAGGGGUUGCUGGCAGCUUUGGGCUCUCCAGCCGAGACAGUCAUUCAGGAUGUCGUUAUGAAUUCGGUCCUUCUUAUGGCACUUCGUAUGGGUGUCCAGCUCGAUGUCUUCAAGACUAUCAGAGAUAACCAAAAUCAUGCAACCACCACACAGCAGAUCGCCAACAAAUCUGGCGCAAGUGUAGUUCUCAUGGACCAAAUCAUGAGGCUGCUUGCAGCUUCUGGCUACGUUCUGGAAGAAGAUGUCCAGUCAUACAAACCAUCACCCCUCACAAUGGUAAUGGCCGAGCCUACCUUCGAAGCCACAACUCGAGCAUGCUUCGAUAUUGGCAACUUCUGUACCACGAGAGCCCCGGAGUUCUUCCGCAAUAACAACAACCAGUUCCCCAAAUCCGCCAAAGACACACCCUUCCAGCUCGCGAUGAACACAGAGCUCAGUUACUUCGAAUGGCUUGGUCACAACCCCUCCCUGGCAAAGGACUUCCAACAAUGGAUGACCCUGAAGCAGCAAACAACCCCGAACUGGGCCGACUGGUUCGACAUCAAAGGCUCCAUCACCGACGGUUUCAACGACUCAGCGAACAACGUCCUCCUCGUCGACGUCGGAGGAGGCGAGGGCCAUUACCUGCAUGCCUUGAACGAGAAAAUCCCCACCCUUCCCGGACGUCUCGUCCUCCAAGACCUGCCACACGUCGUAUCAAGCAUAAAGACUCCCCCGAAUGGAACCGACCUGAUGCCUCACGAUUUCUUCACCCCGCAGCCAGUCAAAGGUGCUCGGGCAUAUUAUCUGCACUGGAUCCUUCAUGACUGGGCCGAUGAGCAAGCCCGCCAAAUCCUCACCAAUAUCGUCGAAGCUAUGGAACCUGGGUAUUCCCGCCUCAUUAUUAAUGAGUAUAUCAUACCGGAUAGACACUGUGAUUUUCCCACUGCGUGCAUGAGUAUCAUGAUGAUGGUCCAGGUUGGCGCGUUCGAGCGGUCUGAGAAGCAAUGGCGUGAGUUGCUUAACUCUGUUGGUCUGGAGAAGAUUGUUUUCCAUCAGCCGCCUGGUGGUGGGGAGGGUGUUAUUGAGGCUGUCAAAAGCCAUAAAUGAAUGGAAUGCUGUAUAUAGAUAGAUUGUCGAGAUUUGAUGACGG